AUGGAGAAAAAAAGGAGCAUAUUAAGCGGUGGUGGAAGUAUACUACUUCCACACGCUACCGUUGCAAACUUGGUUAACAUGGCGAAUGGCUUACAGAGGGUUAGAAUAGCCUUGUCUAUCAGAAGAUUAUUGAACGAUUAUUUAAGAUUUCUAGCUGCAAACGUUUGCUCCGUGCGUGCAUGGAUGGAGGUUUUUGAGGAAACCUUGGAGGUUUUCAGGAUCAAAACUCAAAUAAUUUUUGGAGAAACCUCCAUCCGGUUUCCUCAAAAACCUCCAUCCAUGAUUGGAAAGUUUUUAGGAAACCUCCAAUCAUGGAUGGAGGUUCUUAUACUAAGAUCAAAACCUCAAACAAUUUUUGGGAAAACCUCCAAAAUCUCCGUCCAGGAGGUUAAACCUUGGAGGUUUUCAGGUUCUUAUGCUAAGAUCAAAAUCUCAAACAAUUUAUGGAGGAAACUUCCGUUCAUGAUUGGAGUAUCGGAGGAUGAUUCAGACUUCGUUGAUUCUGAGAACAAUGUGGAGGAUGAAGAUGACACACUGUAUGAGCAAAACGUGACUGAUGGCAUCGAGAUCGGGUUGGAUGGCCACUAUCAAAUUCAAGAUGAAUGGGGAGAGAGCAAUGAUAUGGAAGUAGACGCCUUGGAAUAUCCGACAGAAGAGUUAUUGUCACAGUGCUCAUCAGAUGAAGAGAGUGGGUUUCGAUUUCCUCAAUUUUCUGCUAAGACCGAUAUGAAAAAUCCACAAUUUGUGGUAGGCCAGAUUUUUAGCUCAGUAGUUGAGUUCAAGAAGGCGGUUAGAACUUAUAGUGCAUUGAAUGGAUAUAAUGUGAAGUUUACGACAAACGAGGAGAGACGAGUACAAGGAGUGUGCAAAGUUGGGUGUGAAUGGAGAAUAUGGGCUUCUUCGUUUGACGACACUGACACAUUACAGUUCAAAGUGGACCCCGACUGGAAAACGAAGCUAAUUUUAGCAACAGUUAAAAAGGACCUACACAUAGAUAUAAGUAGAAAUGUUUCGUGGAAGAUGAAAAGAUAUGCUAGAGAAGUAUUAGUCGGGACCAUGCACGACCAGUUCGAACAAUUGAGGUCUUAUGCUGUUGACGUACUUCGAAUAAAUGCUGGUUCUACUGUCAUCAUAGCUUUGCAGCAACAAGUGUUUCAGGGGAUGUAUGUAUGCUUCAAUGGUUGUAAGAUGGGCUUUAGAAAUGGUUGUAGGAGGGUGGUUGGCAUUGAUGGUUGCCACUUACGAGGUUGCAUUGGAGGAAUUUUGCUGUCGGUAGUUAGCAUAGACGGUAACGAUUGUAUCUGCCCUAUUGCUUACGCGGUUGUUCAAAAGGAAAACACACCGACUUGGCGAUGGUUUAUGAUUUAUCUUAGGGAGGAUAUUGAAAUUGGAAAUGGCAGAGGGUGGACAUUGAUGACAAAUAGGCAGAAAGGUCUGCAAAAUGUGACAAAUGAGUUGUUUCCUGAGGCCGAGCAUCGAUUUUGUGUACGACACAUGUACACAAAUUUUUUCAAUGUGGGUUUCAAGGGAAAGACUCUAGAAAAUUAUCUUUGGCAUGCUGCAAAGUCAACCAUUAUCCCUGACUAUAAACAUUGGAUGCAACAAAUUUGUAAUAUCAGUGAGGACGCAUAUAAAUGGCUAAUGGAGAGGCCUCCUCAAGAAUGGAGUAGAUCAUACUUCUCUCUCCAUUCAAAGAGUGAUAUAUUAUUGAAUAACAUAUGUGAAGUGUUUAACAAGACCUUGAGGAGUGAAAACGAGAAAAUGAUUUUGAAGAUGCUCACUUCAAUGCAAUUGGUCUUCAUGAUAAGAAUUAGAAAGCAUGGAGAUACGAUGAUGAGGUGCAAUGGUAGGUUGUGUCCAAAAAUUAGAAAGAAGCUUAACAAGAAUGCUGACCGCUCACGUGAGUGCACCUUACACUUAUCUGACGGGCUGAAAUGGCAAGUUGAUUGUAGCUCCGGCACAUAUGUUGUCAAUCUACUAGAGCGGAGUUGUGUACGUAGGGAGUGGGAGCUUAUUGGCAUACCAUGCAUGCAUGCAAUUGCAGUGAUAAGAGAAUGUAGGAAUGAUCCAGAAGAAUGUGUUGACAGUUGCUAA